AUGGCAGCAAUUUCAAGUGUUUUGUCACUUACCCCAGGUACGGGACUCACAAAGAGGACUGGCCUAAAACAUUUUGCUGUUCCCGGCUACUUGCCCAGUCUCAAGAGGAAUGUCAAUUUUCGAGUCAGCAGCAUGGCCGAGGACACGGAGAAAGAUUCGUCAGAGCCAAAGGCCGAGCCGUCGUCAAAGGUGUUAGAGCCAGCAGCUCCACCAAAGGCAUUCCCGUUAAAGCCAAAGGUUAGUACCAACAACUUUGGUGACAUACUAGCCUUCAGCGGGCCGGGACCGGAGAGGAUCAACGGCCGGCUAGCGAUGAUCGGAUUCGUGACGGCCAUUGGUGUCGAGCUAGCCAAUGGGGUUGGGGCAGAAUCGAAAUCGAAUGGGGUGUUUACGUCUGAUGCUGAGUUGUGGAAUGGAAGAUUUGCUAUGGUGGGUUUGGUUGCAUUGGCAUUUACUGAGUAUGUCAUAGGUGGUGCUCUUGUGUAA